GGCGGGGCGCCGCGACUCCUCCCGGCCUGAUGGCGUCGGCGGAGGCCAGGCUGGAGGAGGUGCGGCGGGAGCUGCGCCAGUUCCCGACCUCAGUAAGGGAGCUGGCCGUGCCCGCUUCGGUACCCUACCUGGAUGGACCGCCCACCCCCCUGGAGUUCCAGCGCGACUGGGUCUGCCCCAACAGGCCCUGCAUCAUCCGCCACGCCCUGCGCCACUGGCCGGCGCUGGGUAAGUGGUCGCUGCCCUACCUCAGGGCCGUCGUGGGCGACACCGAGGUGAGCGUGGCGGUGACCCCGGACGGCUACGCGGACGCGGUGAGGGGAGACCGAUUUGUGAUGCCCGCCGAGCGGCGCCUACCCCUGGGCAAGGUGCUGGACGUGCUGGAGGGCCGGGCUGCGCACCCCGGGGUGCUCUACGUGCAGAAACAGUGCUCCAACCUGCCCGGCGAGCUGCCCCAGCUCCUGCCCGACCUGGAAUCUCACCUGCCCUGGGCCAGCGAGGCGUUGGGGAAGAUGCCGGACGCCGUGAACUUCUGGCUGGGAGAGGCGGCGGCGGUGACUUCCUUGCAUAAGGAUCACUACGAGAACCUGUACUGCGUCCUCUCCGGGGAGAAGCACUUCCUGCUCCACCCGCCCAGCGACCGGCCCUUCAUCCCCUACGAGUUGUACACGCCGGCGACGUACCGGCUGGCCGAGGACGGCUCCUUUGAGGUGGUGGACGAAGAGGCGGCGGAGAAGCCCGAGGUUGCGGAAAGCGGCCUGCUCUCCGUCCGGGUUCUGCAGGCCCACGGCUUCCCCUCCAGGGACCUGCUGAGCCCCUCCGACUGCUACGUCUGCCUGCGGCUGCCCACGGCCACGAGCCAGGAGCUCCGCACGCGGACCGUCAGGAACUGCAGCUGCCCCGUCUGGAACCAGACUUUCCGCUUCCGCAUCCAGGGCCGGCUGAAGAACGUGCUGGAGCUGAAGGUGUUUGACCGGGACCUGCUGAGCGCUGACGACCUGCUCUUCUCGGUGCUGUUUGACGCGGGGACCCUGCGGGCCGGGGAGACCCGGCUGGAGAGCUUCACCCUCAACCCGCAGGGCUCGGAGCGGCUGGACGUGGAGUUCCGCCUGCAGAGGCUCCUGGAUCCUCCAGAGCAACUCCUCACAAAUGGGGUCCUCGUGGCCCGGGAGCUCUGCUGCCUGGACGUGUGUGUGGAGAAGGCGGGGACCCCGGCUGGUGCUGCCAGGUCCAGCGGUGGUGAGGGGGUCCAGCUGUCCGUGGCGGGCUCCUACGAGGGCAGCCAGAAGGUCAGUGUGCACACUGGCCCCGUCUCUUUCCACUGUCCCUCGCACUGGGAGCCGGAACUGACCAUCCAACUCCAGGACGCAGCCCAGGAGCCCCUGCGGGUCCCCCUGCGGACCCUGCCUCCGAACCAGCCCGUCAAGGUCGCCUUCCCCUCAGCCCAGGAGACCCCACUGGAGCUGAAGCUGAAGGCCGAGGAAGUCCCCGGGGAGCCCGCCGUACGCCUGGGCUUCGGGCUCUGCGCGGGAGAGCAGGCCUUUCUCAGCCAGCGGAAGCAGGUGGUGGCCAAGGCCCUGAAGCGCCUUCUGCAGCUGGAGGAGGAUCUGCCCGAGGAUCAGGUGCCAGUGGUGGCCGUCAUGGCGACUGGCGGAGGGGUCCGGGCGAUGACGGCCCUGUUUGGUCAGCUGUCCGGCCUGCAACAGCUGGGCGUCCUGGACUGCGUCUCCUACAUCACAGGAGCCUCAGGCUCCACCUGGGCCAUGGCUGACCUCUACGAGGACCCGGACUGGUCCCAGAAGGACCUGGCGGGGCCCAUCGCGACGGCACGGACGCGGGUGACGAGGAGCAAGUUGGGGGUGCUGGCCCCUGACAGGCUGCGGCGGUACCGCCGGGAGCUGGGCGAACGGGCGCAGCAGGGGCACCCCUCCUGCUUCACCGACCUGUGGUCCUUGCUCAACGAGGCCCUGCUGCAUGACCAGCCCCACCACUGCACCCUGUCAGAGCAGCGGAAGGCACUGAGUCGGGGCCAAAACCCCCUGCCCAUCUACUGUGCCCUCAACACCAAGGACAAACGGCUGAGCACCUUCGAGUUUGGAGAGUGGGUGGAGUUCACGCCCUACGAGGUGGGCUUCCCCAAGUACGGCGGCUUCGUACCCCCCGAGCUCUUCGGCUCCGAGUUCUUCAUGGGGCGGCUGAUGAAGCGGCUGCCCGAGUCCCGGAUCUGCUUCCUGGAAGGCAUCUGGAGCAACCUGUACGCCGCUAACCUGCAGGACAGCCUCUACUGGGCCUCAGAGCCCACCCAGUUCUGGGACCGCUGGGCCCAGGCUCGGGCCGGCUUAGACAAGGAAGAGGUGCCCUACUCGCGGCUGGAAGAACCGCCCACGGCCACGGCGGCCGGCCGGGUCGCCGAGGUGUUCACGGACCUCCUGACCCGCCGCCCGCUCGUGGGGUCCACCCAUAACUUCCUGCGCGGCCUCCAGUUCCAUCGCAACUACUUCCGGCACCCCCACUUCUCCGCCUGGAAAGACACCAAGCUGGAUGGCCUCCCCAACCAGCUGACUCCCUCCGAACGCUACCUCUGCCUGCUGGACGUGGGCUACUUUGUGAACACCAGCUGCCCUCCGUUGCUGCCCCCGGCCCGGGACGUGGACCUCAUCCUCUCGUUCGACUACAACCUCAACGGGGCCUUCCAGCAGCUGGAGCUGGUGGGCCGCUACUGCCGCGAGCAGAGCGUCCCGUUCCCCGCCAUCACGCCGACCCCCGAGGAGCGGCUGCGGCCCGGGGAAUGCCACGUCUUCUCGGACCCCGCCUGCCCGGACGCCCCCGUCGUGCUGCACUUCCCCCUGGUCAACGACUCUUUCCGCCACCACUCGGCCCCCGGGGUUCGUCGGGGGCCCGCGGAGGAGGCGGGCGGGGAGCUGAACCUGGCCGCGGCCGGCUCCCCCUACCACUACACCCAGGUGACGUACAGCGAGGAGGACGCCGACAAGCUGCUCGGCCUGGCCCGGUACAACGUCCGCAACAGUCGGGAGCAGAUCCUGGAGGCCCUGCGGCAGGCGGUGGAGCGGCGGCGGCGGUGCCCCCGGCCGGCUCCGGUGUAGGAGAGCGGGGGAGCGCUGGGGCUCUGACCCCUGGCCCCGGGGACGUGGCUAACAUGGUAAUGGUGCAGA